AUGCAAUUGUGGACUUUGAGGUCCAAGGAUUCUACUAAUGCGUGGGAACAGAUUUGUAGGCGGAUCUUCUGCCAUGGAUCUUGUGCACGUCAAGCGAAGCGACGCAUAACGGUCGACCACCAGAGAAGACACGAAAAGAAUGGGGCACAGGAGAAGAUACAACGGGACAACGAGAAGAGAAAACCGCAAUUAAACGGAUCCUCGGAUGUAAAUAUCCAACGUGCUGUGGCACGCCGUGGCCUUCCUUUCUACCUCCAUGAAGAUGAUGGCACUUUUAUAAAGACAUGGGAUGGAUCCUCGGAUGUAAAUAUCCCACACACUGUGGCACUCAGUGGCCUUCCUUUCUACCUCCAUGAAGAUGAUGGCACUUUUAUAAAGACAUGGGAUGUCUCUCAAUCGGAGUUCAAGAUGAGGAAACCCAGCCCGAUUUGUCGCCGAUUGGAUCUUGCUCUGCAGGCUGGAAUCCUGCACAUUUAUCUCUUCUGCUUCCGUUCCACUUUUGCUGGAACCAAUCGCAUCCUGGCUUAUCCAUCAGACGCACCAGGAUCGUGGUCUGAUUGGUUGAAGGACUAUCCAAGCGUACAGAGACAUUUGAACUAUGCAAAUUCAUCACGCCUCUUGUCCAGUAGAAAUACAGCGCAGACUCCCCAGACAAAUGUUCAAUCUCAAAAGACUGAGCUUGGUGAUAGCCAAGCUACGAACUCCAAUGUUUUUGUAAUGUAUUCAUUAAUUGUUCCCUGAACAUAUUCAAUGAUUUGUUGAUGGUUGACGUUAUUGUCCAAUGUUUUUUUAUAAUUAUUAUUUUAAUACUAUCAUCUCCUACCAUCGUCUAUCUCAUUUCUCAAAUUAGAGGUGGAUAAACUGUGUUUAUUUGAAUUUAGCCUCACUACAGCCUUGAUCUGAACUCCAAUCUGUACUUGUUUUCAUGGUUUACAUUAAAAGAUUAAGUCGAA